GUGUUCUGUUUCUUCUAUCCCUUAGCCUGCUGGGAAAUGAAGCUAGACUACUACACGAAGCUCGUUUCUGCGUUUUAAUGGCGAUCAAUCUAUCUCCACUCGCUUGGUUUAUUGCAAUUCAUUUCGUCAUGUAAGUGAAAUUUAUUUCUACUUCAAUCCAAUUACAUCAUGGCUUGUCGUUUCCCUCUACAUUCGUCACCACCUUCCCAAUUCCUUUCACCGGAAAAUCGUCAGAGAUUACCCAGAAAUUACCCUUCAAUCUCAUGCCAAAACAAUUCAGCUGAUGUUCAUGAUGAUGGUGAUGAGAACGAAAAAGUCAAGACAAGCCAAGUCAAUCUUCUUGCAAUACCCAUCACUCUCACUGUAAUCUCCGCUUCUCUAGCCCAACCGUCGUUUGCGGCGGCGAAGGUAUCGGAAAGAAAGAGAACUCAGAAGAAACCUCAGGAGGCUUUGACAAUUGAACAGCUUAAAGCUUGGUCCAAAGAUUUACCUGUAGUUUCGAAUCGUAUACCUUAUACUGACAUUUUGAGCUUAAAAGCUCAAGGUAAGCUCAAGCAUGUGAUAAAGCCUCCUAAUUUAAGUUUGAGGCAAAAAGCAGAGCCUGUGUUAGUAGUUUUGGAGGAUUCUAGAGUACUGAGGACUGUGUUGCCUUCUCUAGAGGGUAAUAAGAGGUUUUGGGAAGAAUGGGAUGAGUUAGGGAUUGAUGGACAAUGUGUUAAUGCUUAUACUCCUCCGGUUAAGAGACCUCCUGUGCCGUCUCCUUAUCUAGGGUUUUUGUGGAAAGUGCCUGCUUAUAUGUUAACAUGGGUUAAGCCAAAGAAGGAGUCGAAACGUGCUGCGGAGUUGAAGAAAAUGAGGGAGGAUUUCAAGAGGCAGAGGAAGGAGGAGAUUGAGAGGAUGAAAGAGGAAAGAGCGAUGAUGGAAAAGACUAUGAAGGCGCAGAAGAAACAACAGGAGAGGAAGAAAAGGAAGGCUGUUAGGAAGAAGAAAUAUGAGGAGUCUUUGCGUGAGGCGAGGAGAAAUUAUCGAGAUAUGGCGGAUAUGUGGGCAAGAAUGGCUCAGGAUCCUAAUGUGGCUACAGCUCUUGGAUUGGUGUUCUUUUAUAUAUUUUAUCGUGUGGUGGUGCUCAACUAUAGGAAGCAAAAGAAGGAUUAUGAAGACAGGUUGAAGAUUGAGAAGGCGGAAGCAGAUGAGAGGAAGAAAAUGAGGGAGUUAGAAAGGGAGAUGGAGGGAAUUGAGGAAGAGGAUGAGGAGCUUGAGGAAGGGACAGGUGAGAAAAAUCCAUACUUACAGAUGGCGAUGCAGUUCAUGAAGUCAGGCGCACGUGUGAGAAGAGCAUCAAAUAAGAGGCUACCUGAGUAUCUUGAGAGAGGUGUGGAUGUGAAAUUUACAGAUGUUGCUGGACUUGGGAAGAUUCGUCUUGAACUUGAAGAAAUCGUUAAGUUUUUUACGCAUGGAGAGAUGUACCGCAGGAGAGGGGUCAAGAUUCCAGGUGGUAUUCUUUUAUGUGGGCCUCCUGGGGUCGGAAAAACUUUACUGGCAAAAGCUGUAGCUGGUGAAGCAGGAGUCAAUUUCUUCUCUAUCUCUGCUUCGCAGUUUGUGGAGAUAUAUGUUGGUGUUGGUGCAUCUCGUGUCCGAGCAUUGUACCAAGAAGCUAGAGAGAAUGCUCCAUCUGUGGUCUUCAUUGAUGAAUUAGAUGCUGUUGGAAGGGAGCGUGGGUUAAUAAAGGGUUCUGGAGGACAAGAAAGGGAUGCCACUCUUAAUCAGCUCCUUGUUUCUUUAGAUGGUUUUGAAGGAAGAGGAGAGGUCAUCACCAUUGCUUCCACAAACAGACCAGACAUUCUCGAUCCUGCGCUUGUGAGGCCUGGAAGGUUCGACCGCAAAAUUUUUAUCCCUAAACCUGGUCUUAUUGGACGGAUGGAAAUUCUGCAGGUUCAUGCUCGUAAGAAGCCGAUGGCUGAAGAUUUAGACUAUAUGGCAGUUGCUAGCAUGACAGAUGGCAUGGUUGGAGCAGAGCUUGCUAAUAUCGUUGAGAUCGCAGCAAUUAAUAUGAUGCGUGAUGGAAGAACAGAGUUAACAACAGAUGAUUUGCUUCAAGCUGCACAAAUAGAAGAAAGAGGAAUGUUAGAUAGAAAAGACAGGAGCUUGAAGAUAUGGCGACAAGUUGCUAUCAAUGAAGCUGCUAUGGCUGUUGUAGCAGUGAACUUUCCUGAUCUUAAGAAUAUAGAAUUUCUGACAAUCAACCCUAGAGCUGGUAGAGAAUUGGGUUAUGUCCGGGUGAAGAUGGAUCAUAUCAAAUUUAAGGAAGGCAUGCUUAGCCGACAAUCCAUCUUGGAUCACAUUACUGUUCAGUUAGCACCUCGUGCUGCAGAUGAACUAUGGUACGGUGAGGAUCAGUUAAGCACGAUAUGGGCUGAAACAUCAGAUAACGCAAGAUCAGCUGCUCGAUCAUUGGUUCUAGGUGGUCUUUCUGAUAAGCAUCAUGGCUUGAAUAACUUCUGGGUAGCUGAUCGAAUAAACGAUAUUGAUCUGGAGGCACUGCGGAUAUUGAACAUGUGUUACGAGCGUGCUAAAGAGAUUCUUGGAAGAAACAGGACGCUCAUGGACGAGGUGGUAGAGAAACUGGUUCAAAAGAAAAGUCUUUCGAAACAAGAAUUCUUCACUCUUGUUGAGCUCUAUGGCUCCAUUAAACCAAUGCCACCGAGCAUCCUUGAACUAAGGAAGAUCAAACGGCUUGAGCUCGAAGAGACGGUGCUGAAAUUGGACAUGACUACCGCAAAAAACAGUUCAUAAGAUGAGCUUAGGAGGUGUAAACAUCAAAACCCAUUAUAGAGGCAAUGAGCUUGAUCUUUUAUCUUUCCUAUGUAAUCUUAGUAAUGUUAGAUAAUUCUUUGUGCUUCAAUAUAGUAACUCCCCUUUUAUCCAUGUUGAAGCAAUGGUCAAUUUUAAAUUAUUCACAUAUCUUGAAUAAAAAGUUUAUGAAUUUUUCUGGCA